CCUAUAAAUCCAAACUCCGAAGUUUCACGCGACCGAAAAGAAGAAUAAGAAGUGAAAAAAGAAAAGCGCCAGUGAUCACCGCAGAAGAAAGGAAUCAAGCAACCAUGGUGGUCCGAAAAUUCGUAGUUAAGCACGAUGAUUCCACCUUCGACGUCGAUUACGACACCGACAAUGGCUUUGAAGUCUUCAAAUUCCAGCUCUUCUCCCUCACCUCAGUUCCUCCUGACGAGCAGAAGAUACUGGGAGGGGAAGAUGAUCGGGUUGUGUCUGAUGACUCUGAUCUCUCAUUGGUUCCCUCGGAUAAGCUUCGCUUGGUAUCUGUUGAUGAUCAUGAAGAAAAGGGGAAGUCUGAUACUGAAUUUGCAAUCUCCGAUGAAGAAUUUGCGCGGAUGUUGCAGGCAGAAGAAGAUGCAUUAAUGAUGCAGCAGUUGGUUGUUAGUGAGAAUAAGGACCAAUUUGAGCAGCAGAUACGGCCGUAUGUUGAUCAAGUUCGAAUGUAUGAAGAUCCACAUCGUCAAGAAGCAGCUCGGAAGACUGUUCCUGUUGACAAGCUGGAGGAGAAAGCAUUGGUUGCUUUAGCCAGGGAGGGAAAUUUUGAACCUACAAAAGGUGAGCAAGAUCAUGCUUUCCUCCUGCAGCUGCUGUUCUGGUUUAAGCAAUCAUUCAGGUGGGUAAAUGCACCUCAUUGUGAUAAAUGUGGUAAUGAAACUGUCGGACAGGGCGGGGGUGUUGCAGAUCCAUCUGAAACUCGUUAUGGAGCUUCUCGGGUUGAGCUUUAUCGAUGCAAUUUGUGCAAAGGUAUCACUCGCUUCCCGAGAUAUAAUGAUCCUCUAAAGCUUCUUGAAACAAGAAAGGGGAGGUGUGGGGAGUGGGCUAAUUGCUUCACUCUAUAUUGUCGAGCCUUUAACUAUGAAUCUCGAUUAAUUUUGGACUUCACUGAUCAUGUUUGGACAGAAUGCUUCUCACCUUCUCUAGGAAGAUGGAUGCAUCUUGAUCCUUGUGAAGGAAUUUAUGACAAUCCUCUAUUGUAUGAGAAAGGCUGGAAAAAGAAUUUGAACUAUGUGAUUGCUAUAGCCAGAGAUGGAGUUUAUGAUGUCACUAAACGUUACACAAGAAAGUGGCAUGAGGUCCUGGCUCGAAGAAACUUGGCUACAGAGUCCGCCGUUGCAACUAUUCUCUCAAAUAUAAACAAAGAAUGUCGACAAAAUUUUUCAUCCCAAUUUCGUGUAGCACUUGAGGAACGUGACAGAAUUGAAGCAGAAGCACUUGAGAGAGAUCUAUAUUCUAAAGAAAAUGCUUCAGUCUCAUUACCAGGAAGACAGAGUGGUGACAAGGAGUGGCGCAUAUCAAGAUCUGAAUUUGGCUCUGAGUCCUUGACUUCUUCUUCUUGUCCAGUUCGUAAAUGUGUAGAUGACCAUGUGACAAAGAUCUAUAAUGCAUUUUCUCCUAUUAUUUCACAGUUAAUAGGGCAAUCUUCUUCUAAAUCUCAAGCGACUGAAGUCCUAAGGUUGUUGAAAAAGAUUUUAGUGGAUCUCAAGAAUAUGCCGUUCAAAACCAGGAGAACGUACAUUGAUCAUGUUCCAAGUCAUGCGCUGUUUAUUAGGAUGAUCCCGUCUUUUACCCAAUUGCUUGAUGCUCUUUCCCUGAAGAUCGAGUCAAAUGUGAAUGGGAGGAUUGGCAUUUCGUUGGCAUCUGAUCCUGUAAAAACAUCCAUAGCACUGCCUGUUGUGUUCCAUGCCUUGGAUGAUCUAAUAUAUAAUGUUUACCACUGCAAGCAAUUUGAUAAAAAUUCCCUUUCAUGGCCACUUCUGAAGUUAAACAGAAUAUGUUGCGGUCUCGUCCAGGCUAGUGGAGAGGAGCUUCCUUUUGGUAUUUCUACAUCAGCAUUUGAUGGAUCUCGGAUGUCUAAGUGGGAAGAACCAAAUGGUGCAACAGGUUGUUGGAUAAUUUAUAAAGUAUCAGACAAUCAAGUGUAUGAGCUAGUGUCUUAUGAGCUAAUGUCUGCCAAUGAUGCACCUGAGCGGGAUCCAUUGGAUUGGGUGCUCGAAGGAAGUCAAGAUGGAGGCUUGAACUGGCAUAUUUUGGAUAAGGAAACUUCUCAAAUGUUUGAAGAACGGUUUCAGCGAAAAGUAUUUAAGGUCAAAUCACUCGGAAUUUUAGCAAAUGCCUUUAGGUUAAGGUUCUUAGCAGUACGAGAUCCAAAAGCAACUUCAAGGUUCCAAAUAGGUAGUAUUGACUUCUAUUCAAAAGCAGAGUCUGCCUGUCAAAAAUAAAAUGGUCAUACAUUGGUCUAGUGAUCCUGCUAUUGCUUCAUCCCCCGCUUCAUUAUAAGUUAGAGGAAAAACCUAAAACCAAAGCUCUGUACUUCUCCUGCCUCUAUAUAUUUUUUCAUAUAAACCCCUUUAUGCAUUUAUAAGGAUUAAUUUCCAUGAGGGGUAACUUCUGAUGGUGCUUGCCGACAGAGAUGCAAGAAAAUAAGAAGGAAGAGAAUAGAGGAAAAUGUACAGUUGAUAUCGAGUUAUAAGGACUUACCAUUCUGUUAUUCCUGUAGCAAUUGUAGAAUAAAAUUCCUUUUGUUUGUGAAGUGCUUUAACGGAUGUUAAUAUAUGGUGUAAUAUUUGUACUUCAGUAUCAGUUAAUUUCCUUCGUGUAUGGUUGAUUUGACAAGGAAUCCAACGCGUGUUUUCUCAGGCUAGGCCUGUACCUGAUUGGGGAAAUUAAUCCCAUACACAUGUACUUCUCUGUUUUGUA